UCUCAACUUUUUGCCAACGACAGUUCAUUUUAUACUUACAAAAGCGUCUGCUUAAUGGUUAAUUUUAUUCAAAUGGCGACACCAGAAAAACUUUAUGAAGCAAAUAAAAAAUUAGGAUAUAAACAGGAUGUGGUUGAUUUGAAUGAAGUAAGAAACUGGGAAGGAAAGGAAUGUGACAAUAAUGUAACUAAAGAAGAUCGAAAAAUAAUCUUUACAAUGAAAACAGUAUAAAAAUUUUAAAUUAA